AUCCCAUUCCCACUUCUAGAAAGUUCUCUUUCAGGAUAGAUAUAUAGAGAGAGCAGUGUGUUGCAGUUACGCUUUUCACAGGACACAACUCAGAGAAGAAACCCAGCGAAUCUGUGCCAGAAUGAAAAUCGCAGACAUCAAAACAUCUCAAGGCUGCUACAGCUGCUUUCAGAGACAGACAGGAUGUGGAUGACAAACGUUGUAGCUCUUUGUCUGCUGGCCCUCGUGGCCUCUGCAGAGGACAAGAAGCUGAGCAGCCAUGCCACCACGCUGGCUGAUAACAGCGCCAAUCUGGCCUUCAGCCUCUACCACAACAUGGCUAAGGAGAAAGACACAGAGAACAUCAUCAUCUCUCCUGUAGUGGUGGCCUCUUCUCUGGGGAUGUUGGCGCUUGGCGGCAAGGCCUCCACUGCCUCCCAGGUCAAAACUGUCCUCAGUGCUGACAAACUGAAGGAUGAGCAUCUGCAUGCAGGCCUGUCCGAACUGCUCUCAGAGGUGAGCGAUGCCAAGACACGCAACACUACCUGGAAGAUCAACAACCGCCUCUACGGACCCAGCUCUGUCUCCUUUGCUGAUGACUUUGUGAAAAACAGCAAGAAGCACUACAACUACGACCAUUCAAAAGUAAACUUCAGGGACAAGAGGAGCGCAGUGAGCUCCAUCAACGAGUGGGCAGCCAAGUCGACCGGUGGCAAGCUGCCUGAGGUCACCAAGGAUGUGCAGAACCCAGAUGGAGCCAUGAUUGUCAACGCCAUGUUCUUCAAGCCUCACUGGGAUGAGAAGUUCCACGAUAAAAUGGUGGACACACGUGGUUUCCUGGUUACCCGCUCAUUCACUGUUUCUGUUCCCAUGAUGCAUCGUACAGGUCUGUACGACUUCUACGAGGACACAGAGAACCGCAUCUUUGUGCUGAACAUGCCUCUGGGCCAGAAGCAGGCCUCUAUGAUCCUUAUCAUGCCCUACCACCUGGAGCCCCUGGAACGCCUGGAGAAACUCCUGACCAGGAAGCAGGUGGACACCUGGCUCAGCAAGAUGGAGAACAGGGCUGUGGCCAUUUCCCUCCCCAAAGUCUCAAUGGAAGUCAGCCACAACCUGCAGAAACAUCUGGCUGAGCUCGGCCUGACCGAAGCCGUGGACAAAGCCAAGGCUGACUUGUCCAACAUCUCUGGAAAGAAGGACCUCUACCUCUCUAACGUCCUCCAUGCGUCAGCCCUGGAGCUGGACGUGGAUGGAAACCCUUACGACACCAGCAUCUUCGGCACCGACAAGCUGAGAAACCCCAAACUCUUCUACGUAGACCACCCCUUCAUUUUCUUGGUGAAGGACAACAAGACCAACUCCAUCAUGUACAUCGGCAGAGUGGUUAGGCCUAAAGGAGACAAGAUGCGUGAUGAGCUAUAAUGUUAAUGUGGUGAAUUGUGGCAGGUAGCUUUGUUAUUUGUGAAAUGAUGGCAGGAAACUGUAUGUGUGUAUUUUUGGUAUGACUGUUACCUCAUGAGCACAUUCCAAUAGACAAUCUGUGGACUGAGUAUCUGAGCUUACUGUUUUUAAACACACUAAACCUUCCCAGGGAACAAUUCUGUUAAAUGUUAGGUCUCAGCUUUAACCCCCCCUUAGAUUGAAAAAUGUUCUCAAUUACAAAUAUGUUUUUGAGAUUUCCUUAAAACUUACAGCAGUUGGCACAGCAGACAACAUGCUUAUAUUAAGUAUGAUCCCUCUUUCUUUACACCCUGUUUUUGCCAGUAUUGGUUCAGCUAUGAUCCGUGUGUUUUCUUGCAUUAUCUUUAAUGUUUAAAGAAAAAAAAGAUCUUUGCACAAGCUUGUUUUACAGUUCUGUCUCACUCCAUCCCUUCAUGCUCUCAGUUUUAUUUUGCCUCCAGUCUGCACUGAAUUGUUCCUCUGCAUGAUAUGAGCUUGCAGAGGAAAGGUGGCAAAUGUCUGGUGCUUAAAUUAUGUUCACUUGCCAGCCAUACUGUGCCAUUUUGUUGCUGUAGGUAUUUCCCAAAAUGCAACUGUUGGAAUUGUGUGAUUAUGUAAUAAUGUGUUCAUUUUUCAAUUAAAAAACAGAAAAGGC